GCGACGUUGUGCUUCCCAGAUUUAAUGUCUGUUGGACUUAUGCAUACCGUAUCGGACACGAGUCCGAAUGACUGGCACUACCUAUCCGAGGGGGGCGCUACAUUGGUUCUCAGCUACAGGGGACCAUCGGACGCGAGGUUUAAUGGAAUGGUCCUACGGUUGAGGAAAACGGACAUCCGAAAGCCGAAUAGCUUACCGGGCAAUGCGCCAGCUAAGAAUAUACGCUCGCCUGAUGCAAGUGUCAUACAGCGCGAAUGCCAGGAGAGAAUCGUCGGACGUUUAAUCCCCGGACGAUACCUCCCUCGUUUGUCCCUCGUCGGGACCGAUCCAGAUUGGCUUUCGCAAUUAGCGGAUCAAGUGCAUCGGAGGCGUCCUCUACUCCGAAGAGAAAAGGACGCAAUCGAUGUUACCAGGUCCAAUGCGUUACUCGCUACGGAUCUCACCGCAAGCGGCAGCUGGUCUAUAGAAAUUAAAACUCGCACGUGCAGAUACUGCAUGCACUCGUACUUGAAGUCCACCAAAGGCGAAGCUUCGGCAGAAGGCUUUUGCCCGCUUGAUUUAUAUUCUGGUAAGAAGGAGCGAGUUGAAAUCGCCCUAUGCGCGUUAUGGGACGAAUGGAUUGGCAAGGCAGGGCACAUCAAUAAUCUCAAGAUCUUUGUAGAUGGUCAAACACUCACAGCCGACGAUGUACGUUCCAUGGAGGCCCUACGACGUGCCAUCAAGGAAUCGUCUUCCAAUCCUCAUUGCUUGGAAAGUGCCCAGUUGCGUGACGCGUUCGUUGAACGGGUUGCAGCUGUGCUCUUAUCCUCCCAGUCCCUUGGAAUCCUCGCGAGACUCCAGCGGACGCUCGAUCCUCUUGAUAUUGAGGGGCUCACUUCCCUCUGGGAUGGAUACGAUACAUCCAAGGGCAACGUGCAAUCUAAUCCUCUCCCUGCCGAGCCUGAUCCAACAAUGGAUGACUACGCGGCGUUUAUCGACCAAUAUUUGACGUCCGGGAAGGUGAUGGACCACGACCAUCCCAGAUUGGAGGACCUGCGGUAUUACACCCUGUCCUACCUGCUUUCAGCUACAUUCAAGGACUGUUCAAUCAUCGUUCGGCCCAUCCUUUUCCACUCCCAAGAUAACACAAACCAGGCAGACUUUUCCGGCCAGGAGCCUUCCGACUACCAGGACCCAGUCACUUUCAUCGACCUUGACCCGAAGCCUAUACGGAAGCUGCGCCACUGGGCGAAGUUGGACAAGGAAAUAGUCGAGGCUUACAGACUUUCCGGGCAGCUGAAAUCAUGUUUCGAGGAG